UGCUGGAGGGACGGCCGAGAACUGUAACCGUGACCCUCGUUGUGACUAUGACAAUUACCAAUCCUUCCGCCCGACAACGAUCAUAUAGCGAUUGAUCAUGACAGAAGGCAUUCGGUAUCGAAAUCCGAACCUUGACCCAACCCUUCUCUUCCCCGGGUCAUGGCGACGGUCUCUGUGGCCCGUUCAGAGGCCCGGCCAGCCUCCAGCUUUUUGAAAUUUUGGAAGAAGACAGCGCAGACUCCCGUUCGUCAGUCCGGACCUAUGCGGCAGUCGCCAGCGCUCGACGUGCCUAGCGAAAUCUGGUUCGAGAUCCUCGCGCACUUCGAAUGCUACGAGCUGGGGGCUAUCUCCCGCGUGUCGAAGCACCUCCGCGCCGUUUCCCUCACCGCGUACUUUAGGACACAGCAGUUCUUUCCUUUUCUCGAUACCUUUGCGUUCCGCAUGUCGUGUGCGAGCACCGAGCUGGCUGGUUACGUGGAGAGGACUACUGCUAGACUCGAGUUUCUUUCAGCUGAAGGAAACAAGGGCGCGGUCAAGGAGAUCUACGUGUCUCCCUAUCCACCGGGAUAUAAUCGACGGCACAGGGGAGCGCAUCGGCCCAUAGAGCAUGUUUUGGACCGAAUCCUGCGUCUUCUGCCCGCUCUGCACAACUUGAAUGUUCUGACGCUCCAAUUCCCUGCCUGCGACGAGGCACUGAAGGAGGCCCUACGACUAUUGCAUCUUGAAUCCCUAGAGCUAGAGAUACCUCCCGGAUCGCAUGGCAUGAUUCCGGUCCCUGCGACGAAGAGCUUUGUCUUCAACCGCAAUACCAGUCUGCUCAUCAUGUUUCCGCCGCACGGAACGUCUCUCGACUUCUUGUUUGCCUCUACGCUGGAAACCGUCGUUGCUGGGCCGACCGCGACAUCAGUCGUGGUGGAGGCUCUUGCGGCCCACGGCGCGCCCUUCCCUAAACUCUCCGCCCUCGACGUGGCCCAGAGUGUCCUUCAAUCCCCGCACUUUGGCCAAGUUCUGCUCGCCUGCCCGGCACUCUCGCUCUUACGGAUUCGCACGUCGGCAGUGGACGUCAGUGCCAAUCCCCUGUCGAUGGAAUCGACGCCCGCGGUGCCCCCCGAUGCGGUCCCGCGUCUGAAGCUGUAUCACGGUCCGCCGGCGCUGGGAGCUUCUCUCGCUCGCGGACGUUCGCUUCGGACUGUGCGAUUGUGGUCUUCGCACGCCGUGGCGAGAGUGCGCGCUCCAACUGAGCUUCCUCCGAUCCUCCUCCAGAUGGCCAACGACUCGGUUCACACCCUAGAGCUCGGUGUCUUGACAUUUCCAUUCUCGUUAUUCGAUACCAUUCACGGCUCUUUUCCGUGCCUGAGGACGUUGGGAAUCAACACCCAUCUUGGCGCUUUCCAUCCAGGAAUUCGGCAGACUCAAGCUCUGGAUCCCGGGGUAGUCGUCCGUGCGCAGUUGAGACUGCCUAUCGGGAUGGAGAGUUUACAGCUCGUCCGGAUUGGUGUACAGCUGGCUGGAGAGGAUCCGGAGGAGCUGAUGACCAGCGCGGUCCAGACUAUCGAGGCGUUCCCCGAUAAUUACGACCCAACGUCCUGGAGAACGUGGGUCGUCGACCGUGUCUGGUAUUGCGUCGAAUGGGCUCGGGACCCGCAGUCCUUGCCGACUGCCGAUGGCAGAGUGGAGGGGACUUUGAGGGUCGAAUAUGGAACGCACAUUUUUCGAGGGUACACUCGCGGGGAACUAGUUUCCCCGUUCUCUGUAGACGAAGCGUUGAAGCGCAUGAUCUAAACUCACAUAGAAUCUGGAUAGAAUCCACUUACCGCACUUAGACGUAUCUUAAUCGAUAAUCUUAUGUAAGUCUCUG